UCCAAGUGACCAGCAAUUCAACCCAAACUGAACCACUGGUCGUAUUGAAAGGACUUUUCCUGCCUUGACAAAUCUGCUCAUCUAUCACUACUUUACACUUUAUUCUGCUGACUAAUCCAUUAAAUCGAAUUGCAUUUUCAUGUUUCAAGAUAACCUAGCUUGUAGACUCAUAGGCAGGUACAGAGAAUUUACAGAGCAUGGACAAUCAUGUUGCUAAUGGAGACUCUCCCUCACAAGUUGAUGCAGGUGAGAGAAGAAGCAGUACAAAAUGGGAUUGUGAUAUCACCGAGGAUGAAGAAGAUCUCAUACUUAGACUUCACAGGCUUCUUGGAGAUAGGUGGGUUUUGAUUGCAGGACGCCUUCCAUGGAGAAGCCCUGAGCAAAUUAAGACAUACUGGGAAGUCAGAAGCCAGAGAAACAAAUCCACCCAUUGAAGAUGCUUAUACACAGGAAAUCUGUGCUGUUUCUUUUUCUUUUGUAGCUUGUGCUGGAAUAUGACGUUACUGGUAAAUGUUUUAGGAACAGAAAAUACAUGUAAACAGUUGUAUUAAUUGGUUUUAGCCAUAAAUUUUGCUAUGUAGAUAUGGCUUUUUUUAAGGUUUUCUAAAGUUAUGUAGGCCCAAGUAACAAGUGGGUUUUACCAUUGAGUUUGAGGUGGGUGUUUUAUGAAGUGCAGUAGAGCAACUUUUUGUUUUAGCAGUGCCUAAAUGAAUGGGGCAUUGUCCCUGAGAUUUGUAGCUUUUUGUC